GAACGCUAUGGCUGGUGGGAUGAUCACGAACCUGACGAUGCGCAUGAAGUUGCUAUGGUGCAUGGUGCUGAGAAUGACUGCCGAACAAAGAUCGUCCUGGACACUGGUGCAUCCGUAAGCAUGCUGAGCUUCGACUUUGCGUGUAAGGUAAAGAUCAAGCUCCGACCACACAAACAGACGAAUGUUUCAGGGUUGGGGGGUGCUCCGACCAACAUUUCAGCGCAUGCUGAGGUCAAGAUCACGCUCGGACCUAGAGUUGUCUACAUUUUCCGGCUUUGGGUCGCCAACAUUGGUGACGGCGUGGAUGUUUUACUUGGUAUGAACUUCAUGUUCAGCGCCGGUGUGCGAUUGUCGACUCGAGAAGGCUUGAUCCAACUUCCGGACGAAGAGACGAUUCAGAUGUACGGUGAGCCCGACCGCAGUCGAAUGGGUUUGGACCAUCCGGUGCGGCCAGCGGAGAUGUUGUUCCUGAAACCAGGACGAAGUGUUAUUGUGCGUAUCGACUAUGGUGAAUCUAACCCUCAGCGCUAA